UAGAGAGCCCUCCCUGUCGUGACUAUUUGCACCCCCACAUUUUGUUUAGAUCCGCAUUACUAUUUUCUUGCUCCCCAGAAACACAAAAAACGACCUCUCUAUUCUUCUUCUGCACCACCGCCACUUAUCAAAGUUGAGGUUGGGGAGAGCAAAGAUGGUGAAGAUUUGUUGCAUUGGAGCUGGGUAUGUUGGUGGUCCAACAAUGGCUGUGAUUGCCUUAAAGUGUCCUGAUAUUGAAGUAACUGUGGUCGAUAUUUCAACGCAGCGAAUCAACGGUUGGAACAGUGAGCACCUACCUAUCUACGAGCCAGGCCUUGAAGAAGUGGUGAAGGAGUGCAGGGGAAGGAACCUUUUCUUCAGCACUGAUGUGGAGAAACAUGUUGCACAGGCUGAUAUAAUCUUUGUCUCUGUCAACACCCCGACAAAAACUCACGGUCUUGGAGCUGGCAAAGCUGCUGAUUUAACAUACUGGGAGAGUGCUGCUAGAAUGAUUGCUGAUGUUUCUAAGUCGGACAAAAUUGUGGUUGAAAAAUCAACUGUACCUGUUAAAACUGCUGAAGCAAUUGAGAGGAUUCUAACUCAUAGUAGGAAAGGCAUCAAUUUUACUAUUUUGUCAAACCCUGAAUUUCUUGCAGAAGGUACAGCAAUGAAAGACCUUUUCAAUCCGGAUCGUGUCCUUAUUGGAGGUAGGGAAACCCCAGAAGGGCAAAAGGCUAUAGAAACUCUGAGAGAUGUUUAUGCUAAUUGGGUCCCUAUGGAGAGAAUCAUUUGCACCAAUUUGUGGUCUGCGGAACUCUCUAAGCUUGCCGCUAAUGCCUUUUUGGCACAGAGAAUAUCUUCUGUGAAUGCCAUGUCAGCAUUAUGCGAGGCAACUGGUGCUGAUGUCUCCGAGGUAUCGCACUCAGUUGGAACAGACUCAAGGAUCGGACCUAAGUUCUUGAAUGCUAGUGUUGGUUUUGGUGGCUCUUGCUUUCAGAAAGAUAUAUUAAACUUGGUCUAUAUUUGUGAAUGUAAUGGCCUUCCUGAGGUAGCAAAUUACUGGAAGCAGGUGAUUAAGGUGAACGAUUAUCAGAAAAGUCGGUUCGUGAACCGAGUUGUUUCGUCAAUGUUCAACACAGUUUCAUCUAAGAAAAUUGCUAUUCUUGGUUUUGCUUUCAAGAAGGACACAGGCGAUACAAGGGAAACACCGGCUAUCGAUGUGUGCAAGGGUUUGUUGGGAGAUAGGGCAAGGUUGAGCAUAUACGAUCCUCAAGUUACUGAAGAGCAGAUCAUGAAGGAUCUUUCAAUGAGGAAGUUUGAUAAGGACCACCCUGCUCAUCUUCAACCACCAAGUCCAACUUCAAUAAAGCAAGUUUCUGUGGUUUGGGAUGCUUAUGAGGCAGUGAAAGAUGCACAUGGUGUUUGCAUUAUGACUGAGUGGGACGAGUUUAAGAAGCUUGAUUACCAAAAGGUUUACGACAGCAUGCAGAAGCCAUCAUUUGUAUUUGAUGGUAGGAAUGUUGUGGAUGUUGAUAUGCUAAGGAAAAUUGGAUUUAUAGUUUAUUCUAUUGGUAAGCCACUAGAUCCAUGGCUCAGGGACAUGCCUGCAGUUGCUUAGAAGGAAACAUCAGUCUCGAGACAAUGCCUCCUUAUUCUUUCUUAUUCUUACCAUUACAUUUAUCAUGUUCUUAUGUCUCUUUACAUUAGUUCUGUUUUAUCAGAUCUUUUGGCAUAUUAGUUAUAAAUUUUGUUUCUUUAGCUACCUAAAAUUCCAAUAUCCUAACAUCCAGUUCUAUGUAAUAAAUAACAUAUCACUAAAGGGAUUCUAUACAAUGGACAGCAUUUCUUUUAUUUUUA